AUGAUUCCACCGAAUACUUCGCUGGUAAAAUAUGACAAUCCAGUUCUUGUAAGCAGGAACACAGACAAGAAAUCACCAAGGGUAAGUUGAUAUCUUUCAAAUAUGGCGUCGUCACGCUGACCAUUUGCAUGUUGAGCAGUUUGUUUCCAAGUUGUUCCGCUUGAAAUUUCGAGUUUUGCUGUCCUGAAUAUAAUAAAGAAUAGUGUUAUUUUUACUCCUAAAGCUUUUAAGAAAGGUUACACACGGUUUUUUACUUGCUAAUGCAGUUAAAUACAACAAAAAUUGUGAAGAUAUAAUGUCAAAAUGUGGUUUAGAUGUAACUUUGUUAGCUUCAAUAAACUGUUGAAGUAGACUUUCUUUCUGUCUGUAGGCUCGUUCCCUAAAAGUUAGCCAACAGCAGGGUUCAGGAAAUGCUGGAGCAGGACCAGUUCCUCAGCCACCUCGAACCAAUAAACUUCCACCAAUGGAUGCACAGAAAAAUCAACAGACGGAUGAGAUACUCAAUGCUAUUUUGCCACCCAGGUUGGGCCUGACUAGUAAUUUUAAAAUAAGUAUGAUAUCUUGAGUGCAUCAGCUUGGUUCAAAUAAUCAAUUGAUACUCAAGGAUAAACUUUUGUUAAGUUUAUCUGAAUACCUAGAAUGGGAAUGUGAAUAUGGGGAUAAAUACACUUACAUAAUGGAAACUGCAGAAAUUGAAAUGUAAAUGAAGAUAAUUAUGCCUCACGCAGUUGUAAUAGCAAUGUAUUUUAUCGGGGAGGGAGGGGGGUUUCAAGAGGAUUCAAAUGAACAGAUUCCACAUGAACAUUUUGGUACUCUCCUUUAACUAAGCUAUGCAUGAAGACUAAUCACUGUACAUUGGUAGCCUGUGAGCAAGCUCUUUAAUCAUGGCAAGCAAAGCAAAGUUUGUAGUGAACAUAAUUACACACGUGGCUUUUCAUUAGGUUGUACUUUCAAUGUCACCAAAUACUUAUUAGUAAGUUUUUAUUGCUAUGUUAUGACAGAGAGUGGACAGAAAAUGGACAGUUAUGGGUACAACAGGUGUCUAGCACUCCAGCCACAAGAUUAGAUGUUGUCAAUCUGCAGGUACAUACACAUACUCUUACUCUUAUAAAAUUCAUGAAGGACGUUGGAAAUUUAACUCUUUUAAAGUAAUGCAAUAUUAUUGUUGUAAUUCUGACACUUACACUUUAACCUCAAUUUGGGUAUUGCACCUUUAACAAGAAAGUUUUGCCAAACUUUGUCUUGUUUUUUUUUUUCCCUCAGUAAUAUUAUAUUGCAUGGUAUUAUGAAAUAAUUUUAAUUUCAGCUUAUGUCAGUGUAAACUUACUGUAUUUAGGAGCAACUUGACAUGCGUCUUCAACAGCGACAAGCAAGGGAAACAGGAAUCUGUCCUGUUAGGAGAGAGCUUUACUCACAAUGCUUUGGUGAGCUUUUAUGUUUAAAAUUGUUUUACGCUGUAAAAAAUGUUAUUUUAUAGUGUGUCAAAUUUGUCACAGUCAAGUCUUUCUAUCAUAAGACUGAAGGCUGGCACCGCAAAAGAACUGAAGUGUCUGCAUGAUGGCCUAUAGGAGAUCACUAGAAUGAAUGUCACUCCACAGUCAAAGAAAAUUAUUUAAGAAUAGCCGGGCUCAACUCUAGCUGUCUGCUACGGGAUGGUGUCCAACUACAUGAUUGUACUGUAUAAGCUUUCUCAUUAUUAUGGACACCAAAGGGACAGAACCUUGUGUCCCCUUUUUAGAGCUGACAAUCCGUAUUAGAUACUGAGGAACCUAUCAAGUAUGCAAGGAUAUGCAGUAAAAUUGUGGAGUUGUCCCUAAGCAAUUUUUUUAGUAAUUGUAGUAGAAGCUACAAUCCUGGACAAUAGUCCUUGGGACAGUACUGCAAUAUCCUAUUUUUCUGUUAUUUCUCGAUCCCUCUUAAAACAGUGCAUCAUUUUCGAAUUUUUUUUGCAGUUCUCCCUCCCCCUACCCUAUACAAAGUUGAAAUGCGGAAAAAAUUCUGGAUACACGCGUCCAACAUUGUUUGUGGGGUGAGGGGAGGGGUUGGACCUGUGUGAAUUGGAAAACUCCCCAGAAACACAAAAGUGUCCCAAGACUUUUGUCCAUGAUUGUAGUUACUAUGUCUGCAACUCUUAAAUUCAUAAUAUUAUUAUUAAGAGUAUUGACAUGUAUAGUCUAUGCAUAGAGAGGUACUUUAAUAGACCAUGUCUUGUAUUUUAUCCAUUUUAGAUGAGCUGAUUCGCCAGGUGACAAUUAACUGUGCAGAGCGUGGCCUUCUGUUGCUGAGGUAUGUUAACUUUAUGCAUAUUAAAUUUUGCACUGUUCUGAAAAAUUGAAUGAAGUCCUUUUUGUCGACUAAAGUUCAACAUAUUUUGGUUUGAAGAUUCUUCGGUGUCAAGUUAGAAUAGAAUAUAAUAUAAUGUAUAAGAAGAGAUGUGAUCUUUCAAUAUAAAUUAUAAGCUGGCCUUUAUAUCAGGCUGAUAUCUGGUUGAUUGCUGUGAGUCCCAAGGUUAGCAGCACACUAAUCUUUAGGUGUCCUGUGGUUUCUUAGGUAGUUCCUGCCAUUAUUUAGGUAUUACAUAAUACAAUCUGAAUAAAUUUAAUUUAUAAUUUUUGUCAGGAUGAUUUUUAGCAAUUAUGUUUGCCAUCAAUGCCAUCAUAACUCAAUUUGAACAGCUGGGAAGUUCUAUUGGUUCUAAUUUCCUUUUGUUUCAACCCAUGGAAGUAUCUGUUCCUAGUAGCUGGGAGUAUUGUAAGGCCCCAGCCCUUAGUGACGGUAACCUGUCAAUGUAAUCAAUUUUUUGUUUUUGCUGCAGAGUGCGUGAUGAGAUAAGAAUGACCAUUGCUGCUUACCAGACUUUGUAUGAGAGCAGGUGGGUGCAGACUUAUAAAGCUUUUAUCCCUUAUGGUGGCAAGUUGAACAAAAUGAAAAUAAAAAAACAAUUCCUUCUCUCUUUCUUUUUUUUUUAAUCCUAAGAAGUUGGUUCUAAUUGCAAAAGCUUUACCGUUUCAACAGAUUUAAAAUUUACAGUAGCGUGACAAACUAAAAAUCUUUCCAUAAUGUGAUUAAGGACAGAAGGGUUAAUACCUGUAGUGAAUAGUGGAAGGUGAUAUGUAGCUUAUGACUUAUUUCACAUUUCUCAUUUUCUAAAAAGUAGCUGUUUAAUACCUGAAGGGUUUACGGGGCUGUCAUUAAGAUGUGGGGGCUGGGGAACCAAACGAAAUCCCUAGCUGUUUGAUUCCCCACAUACGUGUUUCAUUUACCCAGCAACUUGAAAUCUUAGUAGUAGAGUGACAAAAAUCAAUAAUAAUCUUUCCAUAAUGUGAUUUAGGACAGAAGGGUUAAUACCUGUAGUGAAUAGUGGAAGUUGAUAUGUAACACAAUAUGAGUUAUUUCACAUUAAUUCUCAUUUUCUAAAAAGCAGCUGUUUAAUACUAGAAGGGUUGACAGGGCUGUCAUUUAAGAGGCGGGACUGGGGAUUUCCCUCGGGUACUAUGAAUGUAGUUCCCAGCUACUUUCACUGGAAAAUAGAAGAAACAUGGAACCAAACGAAAUCCCUAGCUGUUUGAUUCCCCGCCUACUUGUUGUAUUUACCCAGCAACUUGAAUCUUAGUAUAGUGACAACCCUGGGUUUAAUGAAAAUAAUAAUAAUAACAUAGGAAAAAAAUUAAGUGUUAAGUGCCUAAGGCUUAAAUAUACCAUGAGGUUUUUGAGUUAGACCCCGAACACUGACUCUAACUACAUUAAUGUAAGUGUUGUCAAACCAAGCAGUCAGGACCAGUGUACCUGUAGUUAAACAUUUCUGUUUGGGUUUCCUGUGGUUGGUUUUAAAGGGGUUUAAUGAGCUGGUAGAUCAUGUUUACUAUUCAUUUUCUUGCAGUGUUGCAUUUGGCAUGAGGAAAGCUCUUCAAGCAGAGCAAGGGAAAGCAGAUAUGGAAAGAAAGGUUUGUCAAAGAGUGCUAAACUAGUACUACAUAAUUUUUUAACACUACAAAUAACAAUGCCGUUUGAAACUACAAUGAAAAUGCGCCCGUCAGUUUUGGUUGCACGUGAAAUAUAUAAAUGCCUCUUCGAAAAUACCAUGAUAUUCUCAAAUUACCUUUUGGCUGUAAACUUGAUGCUCUCAUUAUUUUAUUUCCACAAACUGCGCAUGCAAGUGCCAAUUUCCAGAAAUACGCUCAAGUAUUUAACAAGUAUUUAUUUGGACAAACUGAAGCAUUACAUCACUUGCAAAUCGUACACAAAAGUUUUAACUUUUUGAAUUAAAAUUCAAAAGUAAAGUUUACAUGAAGCACUCACCAAACGGCAACAUUUAAGAAUAUUAUGGUAUUUUUGUAAGUGGCCUAUAACAUUCAAUGAACCCUUAAAAUAAUAAACAAAUAACUAAAUAAUUCUAUUUACCCAUAGAUUCAAGAACUUGAAGGUGACAAAAGAGACCUUGAAAGGCAAGUCAAUGAACUGAAAGCCAAGUGUGAUGCUAUUGAGAAACGUGAGGCUGAAAGAAGGGCAGUAGACGAGAAGAAACAUGCGGAGGAAAUUACGUUCUUAAAGAAGAACAACCAACAGCUUAAGGUACCAUCAAUACUGUGAAUCCCAUACAUCCAUAUGUCGCCCGCAAUAAACUUACUUUUUUCUUUCAGACCCAGCUGGAAGGCAUCAUUGCUCCAACAAAGAAGUAACUUUCAAUGUACCAACAACAUGAAUUAUUUUGAUGAAGUUGGUUGUGUAAAUUUUUGGAAACAACAGUUGUUUCCUGUUCUGUUGUUGCAGCUGUUAUUUACCCGUGCACAUGUAAUUAUACAGUAGUGGCGCUGUGCUUUCUGUGUAAUUUGUAUCCAUUUCAUCCUUUUAGACUAUUAAGACCAUGCUUUUGUUGUUGUUCAAUAAUUGUAUUUUCUUGCAAUUGUAUUUUCUUGCAAAGUAAUUGGAACUUAUAAAAUGGGUAUAUUGAGAUUCUUUAAGGUUGUUUUGCUGUAGAUAUGAGUAACCUUGCUGUAACUGAUCUUAGAUUUUUUGGCUGGACGAUAAAUAAACUUACAGUUGUUGUAAGUAUGUAAUAAAUCUGCUAAAGCGUGCUGAUUUUUACUUCAAAUAGCCUGCGCGACAGGCGUUAUUUUUUUGCGUUUUUCAGGAGAGCAAAGGCGCGCGUGUCUGGCGCCUCUCGUUCGCUUCACGCUUGCCUUUGCUCUCCUAAAUUUAAACGCAAAAAAGAUAACGCUUGUUAUGCAGCCCAGCCUCAAACAGCAAAAUUACCGUGAUUUGCAUUCUUCAAUGAUUUUAUGAGUCCUUAAAAUCCCUUUGACUCACGGGAGGGUUGUUUUGCCGAACACCGAGUGCCAAAUAUCUCUGAAGUUAAAUGAUUAUGCUGUUUAGAAACUGAGUGAGUCAAGUUCGUUUUUAUGGUCGUUGUUUAGGGCGAACUAAACUUGAACUUGAGCCAGAGAUGAAACACAUGCGGUCAUAAACAUUGUGAGCUUACGCAUUUUUAUAAAAACUUGACGUUUCGUAUGUUGUUCAACGUACAUUUUCAAAAUAACAUUCACUAUCGGCAAGAUAAAAGAAACAUUGAUUAUACAAGAUCUUAAACCAGCC